AGGUUGCCCGCUGGCGGUCUGGGGUUUUGCUCGCGCCCCGUUUUUUUGCAAAGUCGCCUUCACAACGGCUGCAGCCAUGGUGCUAAACCCGGUCAUUAAGAAGCUGGCCAACAAAAAGGUGGUGCUGGCAAGCGGCUCUCCGCGCAGGCAGGAGAUCCUAACCAACGCGGGUCUCCGGUUUGAAGUUGUUCCAUCCUGGUUCAAAGAAACACUUGAGAAGUCAAGUUUUUCAGCCCCGUAUCAAUAUGCUGUAGAAACUGCAAAACAGAAGGCACUUGAAGUGGCAAAAAGAAUGCAUGUGAAACAUCUUCAAACACCAGAUAUUGUUAUUGGAGCAGACACUAUAGUGAGUAUAGAAGAACAAAUUUUGGAGAAACCAGUGGACAAGCAGGAUGCAUAUAAGAUGCUUUCAAGGUUAAGUGGCAAAGAGCAUAGCGUUGUCACAGGAGUUGCAAUUGUUCACUGCAGUAGUAAAGAUGAUUAUCUAGACACUGAAGCCACUGAGUUCUUCGAAGAAACAAAAGUCAAAUUUGCUGAACUCUCCGAGGAACUUCUAUGGGACUAUAUCCACAGUGGGGAGCCAAUGGACAAAGCUGGUGGAUAUGGGAUCCAAGCACUUGGGGGAAUGUUGGUGGAAUACGUCCAUGGAGAUUUCUUAAAUGUGGUAGGGUUUCCUUUGAAUCGCUUCUGCAAAAAGUUAGCUGAACUGUAUUAUCCACCCCCAAAGCAUACCGUCCAUCGUAUGAAGUACGACUCUAUCCCUUCCGUGGAUACUUUUGAGAUCCUAAGCGAUGGAGACUAUGAUUCUUCAGAUAAUGCACAAAUGGAAGAUGCCAAAAGGCUAACGAAUGGUAGAUCUGAAGAGCUGCGAAAGUGUGAAGAAAGCCAUUGCAAUUAUAAGGUGCCUGUGGAAAUUCAGAAUGGAGUACUAGGAAAUGUAACACAGGGCCUCUCUAAACUUACAGAUCUUAUGGAUGGUUUUAAAGCCUCAAAGGUUUUGUUUGUGGCUUGUCAGCUGAAAGUAUUUGACCUUCUCAAAGGUAAAGGUACUGUGACCACAAAAGAUGCAACAAAUCAACUUAAUACUUCCGUACGUGGAACAGAAAGAUUACUUGAUGCCUGCGCUUCUCUUGGUCUGUUGGAAAAGAACCAUCAAGGUUACAGUAAUACAGAACUGACAAAUCUAUUCCUGGUAUCAAAUAGUGAAUAUUCACUUCAUGACUACAUUCUCCAUUGUAAUGACCACCUGUGGCCAUUUUUUACAAAUUUGGAGUCAGCAGUUAAAGAAGGAACUUCACAGAACCAUCAUACGUUUGAGAAGAUACAUGUUGUGAAUGAUUUGCCUCAGGAUUUCCACUCUCAGUCUACAGAGGUGACGCAGCAUUUUACGAGAGCCAUGCACAGCAGUUCCAAAGUGACAGCAAGAGACAUAGGCACAGCUUUUGAUCUUUCACAGUUCAGAGUUGUAUGUGAUUUGGGAGGUUGCACUGGAGCUUUAGCUUAUGAUCUAGUCCAGAUCUACCCAGAAAUGCAAGUCAUUGUCCUGGAUCUUCCUGAAAUUAUCACAGAUGUUACCAGCUGUCAACUUUCAAGACAAAAUGCUUGUGAAGUAUCCUUUAUAUCAGGUGACAUUUUCAAAGAUAAUCUUCCAGAAGCAGAUCUUUACAUUCUUUCAAGGGUUCUACAUCAUUAUUCUGAGGAAAAGAUUUCUAUACUAUUAAACAAACUCUCUGCUAUUUCCAAGCAAGGAACUGCACUGCUAAUAGCCGAGAUAAUACUUGAUGAGAAGCGAAUAAACCCUGUUAGAGCUGUUUUCCAGUCUCUCAGUAUGACAGAAGGCAAGGAAAGAAGUGCCUUGGAGUACAAACAGUUAUUGGAAGAACAUGGAUUCACUGAUGUGCAGAUUAAAACAACAGGAAAUCUGCUAGAUGUGAUUUUGUGCUCUAAGAAAAUGUCUCCCCAAUAAACUAAAUAAUACUGCA